UCCGGAAUGGAUGAUUCAGGCAGAGCUCCAGAAUGGGGGCAAACAGAGAUUAAAACUCCUGGAAUGAAACGGAGAAUCAAUAAGUUUUAGGUUAAGUUAGGUUGUUUUAGUACUAAUAAUGAUGAUGGUAUAGUCUUAAAGGAUUUAGUGGUGAUUGUAGCGGUGUAAUUCGAGGAGGAGGAGAUUGUAAGAUUGGAUUUACUUGUUUUGCGGAUGAAAUUUCGGUUUUGGAAUGUGAUUUGGAAGUGGUUGAUAUAAUCGAAGUUGAAGUGAAAAGAGAGAACUUUCUGAGGUUACGAAUCUUGAAACAAUAGAAAUUGAAAAUUAUGCGGAGAGAAAGAUGGAGAAGAAAUGGUUCAACAGAGUGAUUGAAAAGAAGGGUGAAAAAAGGUAUUUGGAUUUGCUAGUAGAAGGUGACUCAGAUUCAUCUUGAUGAAGCUGCUACAAAAACAUGGACCUGGAGAUAUCAAAAAUAUGAGGACAAAUUGGGUACGCUCUCGUACCAAUGAUUGCUAGGGGAGUGAUGUUGGGUGCUGAUCAGCCUGUUAUCUUGCAUAUGCUUGACAUUCCACCAGCAGCAGAAGCUUUGAAUGGAGUUAAAAUGGAGCUGGUUGAUGCUGCUUUUCCUCUUCUUAAAGGUGUUGUUGCUACAACUGAUGUCGUAGAGGCAUGCAAGGGGGUCAACAUUGCAGUCAUGGUUGGUGGGUUCCCAAGGAAAGAAGGAAUGGAGAGAAAAGAUGUGAUGUCCAAAAAUGUCUCCAUUUACAAGUCCCAAGCAUCUUCCCUAGAAGCCCAUGCAGCUGCUAACUGCAAGGUCCUAGUUGUUGCAAACCCUGCAAACACCAAUGCGCUGAUCCUUAAGGAGUUUGCUCCAUCCAUCCCUGAGAAAAACAUCAGUUGCCUUACCCGUUUAGAUCACAACAGGGCCCUUGGUCAAGUCUCAGAGAGAUUGAGUGUCCAAGUCAGUGAUGUUAAGAAUGUCAUCAUUUGGGGAAACCACUCUUCAACUCAGUAUCCUGAUGUUACCCAUGCAACUGUCAAAACAUCUGCUGGAGAUAAGGCUGCUAAGGAGCUUGUUGCUGAUGAUGCAUGGUUGAAUGGAGAAUUUAUCAGCACUGUUCAACAACGCGGUGCUGCAAUUAUCAAAGCAAGAAAGUUCUCAAGUGCCUUGUCUGCUGCAAGUUCUGCUUGUGAUCACAUUCGUGAUUGGGUUGUUGGAACUCCAGAGGGCACUUGGGUUUCUAUGGGAGUGUACUCUGACGGGUCAUACGAUGUACCUGCUGGGCUCAUCUAUUCAUUCCCCGUGACCUGCAAAAAUGGGGAAUGGUCAAUUGUACAAGGACUUUCAAUUGAUGACUUUUCAAGGAACAAAUUGGUGAAAACAGCUGAGGAACUCAGUGAGGAAAAGGCUCUGGCGUACUCAUGCCUCGUCUAAAUGCUCUCUGUUUCCUUCAAGUCAUGUCUGAAAGGUGGUUCACCUCAUCAAUUUAUAUGGUGGGAGAACCCGGAGAAGUAGUUCCGGGUGAAGAUUUAUGUAUGAUUUAGAGCUGUUGCUUCCUACUACUGUUUGUAUGUUCAAUUUCAGUUUUUCUGUAACCUUUUCUUUUGUUAGUAUAAGAAUAUGCUCCUCUUGAGAGAAGUCAUUUUAUUGAAAAUGGCUUUAGGGAUUCUAAAA